AUGGAGGUCCCUGCCCUGCUCCUGCUCAUCCUCCUGGCCCUGCUGCCCCCACCCAGUGCUGCUGACCUAGGCCAGCCCUGUCCGUCAGAAAUGAACAAGGUCAAGGACCUCCUGGAGGUGAACUGCACGGGGCAGGCCCUCAGCACAGUGCCCCCAGGCCUGCCGGUGGACACGGGCAUCCUGCUGCUGAGUGCCAACCGCCUGACGUCCCUCUCCACCGCCGCCUUCCAGCCCCUCGCCCAGCUGCAGGACCUUGACCUGGCCGACAACGGGCUGGUGGCCUUGCACACCAAGACCCCGCUGCCAACCCUGAGGGAGUUGAUCCUCUCCCGAAAUGCACUGGGGGCCCUGCCUGCCCUGCAGGGCCUGCCUGACCUCACCCGCCUGGCCGUGGCCCACAACAACCUGGUGGCUCUGGCCCCGGGGGCUUUCCGCACCGUGCCACGGCUGCAGGACCUAGACCUGCGAGGGAACCAGCUGCAAACACUGCCCUGGGACGCCUUUGCGGGGCUGAGGGCACUCAAGGACUUGGACCUCUCGGAUAACCUCCUGGAGAAGCUCCCCAAGGAGCUACUGCAGGAUCUGGGAAAGCUGGAGACCCUCUGGCUCUCAGGGAACCGCCUGCAGACCCUGCCCACCCACUUCUUCCCUGAGGGGCACAUCUUUGCCUAUGUCUUCCUCACGGAGAACCCCUGGCAUUGCGACUGUGACCUGCGCUACCUGCGGUACUGGAUCCGGGGCAACGAGGGCAGCGUCUAUCAGCCAGAGCGGGGCCUGGAGAAGACAAAGGUGGAGGUUGCCCCUGAGAAGGUUCUGUGCCACAGCCCCCCUGAGCACCAGCAGAAGCCUAUCAUCCACAUCAAGCUCAACUGCGGCAACAUGGGGGAUGCAGAUGAGGAGGAAGAGGAGGACUAUGGGGAUGGGGAAGAAACGAUGGAGAAAGCUAUCGUGAUCACCCAGCAUCCACCCAUCCCCAAAGAGCACACUACCAUGCCCCAUGCUGUUACCUGGUCUUUGCUCGCUACCACAAGACCUCACCUCGACACCCCUUGUAGCUCCACCCUCACCUCAAGAACUUUGCUUGUGCUGCCUGCAAGCACUAGAGCUCCCAGCACCACCACUCCUGCGCCAACCAGCCCCACUGUCACACCCACACAGACCCCUAGCACUGCUGCUCCCACCAGCACCCCAUACAGACCCACCACGCUCGUCUCCACCACCUCACUGCCGACCACCAUGAGCACCAGACCUCCCAGCACCACCACCCUCACCACCAGCACCAUCCACACCUCUGCCACUCCCAUCAUGUCCACUGGUGCAUUUCCCACCACCUCCACAACAGUGCUGUCUUCUGCCAAACUAGACUCUUCAUCUCCUCCGCUUACGUCGACCACACCGGUCUCCACCACCAUGCUUUCCAGUCAUGCCUCAACGCCACCAGCUCCCCUGAACACCACACACUUUACCCAGCCUGCACCUUCCCCUUCACCCGCACCUCUCCCGCUCUGCCCGUGCUCCACCCAAGGACUGGCCGUACCCGUGCUGCACUCGCAGGCACGUGGGGAGGGUCCACAGUGGGGGCAGUGGGUGCUGAGGCGCUGCUGCCUACUGCACUGGGUCCUCUACCUGGCAUCCUUGGCUCUGCUGGUCCUGAUCGUGCUGGCUCUAGCAGGCUGCUUGUUGUGGAUGGAUCUGGUGGGACGGCCCUCCUGGCGCAGAUCCCUGCAGACCCAGGAGGUGCAGUAUCCACUGCUGAGGCGGAGGGAGUCGGCAGGAAGCCCUGUGAUGCAUCUCAACAGCUUCAAAGGCUCCCUCCAGCGCCCCACAUUCUGUACCAUCAAGGAAGUAGAGCUGUGCCCUGAGGUCACUUACUGCACGAUUAAAGACCUGGGGAUACAGCGCAGUCCUCCUGCAACUUCCUCCUUCUGCACCACAAAGGAGCUGUGGGUCCACCACAGACCUCCAAACCCCUCCUACAAGACCUUCUCCAGGGAGCUGAUGGUCACAAACCUCAGUUCCCUGCACUCCCCUUCUGCUUACAGCCUGGACAGGGGUGUCGAGGCCAUCGGUGAUGUCAGAGUGAAAUAUGCUGGCAACACCCUUUAA